UCCUUUCAUCCACUUUUCUUUCUCUCCCCUCUCUCUCCCUAUUCCUUUCUCUCUAUAUCCUUUCUCCUCUUCCUUUCCUUUACCAUCGAUCCCGCCACUUUCUCCCCGUCCCUUCUGCUGUUCAGUCACGAGUCACGAUGCCAACGACACCGACCUAGUCCUGUGACCUAGUACAGGAUUUUCAAAUCGGGUUCAACAAACAUUUUGAAAUCGGGAUCGGUCACUGGAUAUUUCGAGAUUCUGCCUGCUGCUCGCGGGAUUUUCAAGUUUAGAGGACUAUGAUUUCCAUAGGCCUAUGAUAGGGCAUGUAUAGUUCUGUAAACUACAAAAAAAAAAAAAAAAAGAACGGAACAUUGUGAGAUGGCGAAUUUUAGCUUACUUUAUCCUUCACUUCAGAAUAUGUUAAUUUGUUGGUGACUCCUUUGAUGGCAUACAUGUGUCCUAAGAGGUCAUCAGUACUCAGUACACCAUAUAUGUACCUCAACAAGAGGUCCCAUACAUAGAUGAACCAGCUUUUUGAAUGUUGACUUUCCAUAACUAUUUGAUGAGACACAACGUCGAUUGCUGAUAGAAUACUGAAAUGAUUGGGGUAGGAAGGUCUGUAUAUGUGACAUUGAUGUUUACAUUUGCGAUGGCUGUCCAGCUGCCUCCUAGUGUCAAGGAGUAUGGCUUCCCAGUGUCCAGAAGUGUGGCCUCCCAGUGUCUAGGAGUGUUGCCCCCCAGUGUCCAGAAGUGUGUCCUCCCAGUGUCCAGGAGUGUGGUCUCCCAUUGUCCAGGAGUGUUGCCCCCCAGUGUCCAGGAGUGUGGCCCCCCAGUGUCCAGGAGUGUGGUCUCCCAUUGUCCAGGAGUGUGGCCCCCCAGUGUCCAGGAGUGUGGCCCCCCAGUGUCCAGGAGUGUGACCUCCCAUGUCCAGGAGUGUGUCCUCCCAUUGUCAAGGAGCAUGGUCUCCCAGUGUCCAGGAGUGUUGCCUCCCAGUGUCCAGAAGUAUGACCUCCCAUUGUCCAGGAGUGUGGCCUCCCAGUGUCCAGGAGUGUGGCCUCCCAAUGUCCAGGAGCAUGGUCUCCCAGUGCCCAGGAGUGUGAUCUCCCAGUGUCCAGGAGUGUGGCCCCCCAGUGUCCUGAAGUAUGACCUCCCAGUGUCCAGGAGUGUGGCCUCCCAGUGUCCAGGAGUGUGGCCUCCCAAUGUCCAGGAGCAUGGUCUCCCAGUGCCCAGGAGUGUGGCCCCCCAGUGUCCAGAAGUGUAGCCUCCCAGUGUCCAGGAGCAUGACCUCCAAGUGUCCAGGAGUGUGGUAUCCCAUUGUCCAGAGGUGUGGCCUCCCAGUGUCCAGAAGUGUGACUUCCCAGUGUCCAGAAGCAUGGUCCCCCAGUGUCCAGGAGUGUUGCCCCCCAGUGACCAGGAGUGACCUCCCAGUGUCCAGGAGUUUGGCCUCCCAGUGUCCAGAAGUAUGACUUCCCAGUGUCCAAGAGUGUUGCCUUCCAGUGUCCAGAAGUGUAGCCUCCCAGUGUCCAGGAGUGUGACCUCCCAGUGUCCAGGAGUAUGACCUCCCAGUGUCCAGGAGUGUGACCUCCCAAUGUCCAGGAGCAUGGUCCCCCAG